AUGACCGAGACCGCCAGAUCAUCGCCGCGCCUUACGCUGGAAGAGAAAGUUUGGUACGAUCGACGACGAAGUGAAAUUAAUUAUUAUUCAGGCGUAGGCGGUGCAUUGGGUGCUGCUCUGCUUGCAGGCAUCACUGCACUAGGACCAUUCCCAAAGCGUGUUCAGUUUUUUGCUAUUACAGGUGGCGUCUUGAUUGGAGGUGGAGUUGGAUUUCUGUACGCAGACACUAAAGCGCUAGAGCGCGUAAUGGAUCUUAGUGCGAGCAGUAAUUUACGCAAACAAUACCAGCAAAUUGAAAUGGAAAGAAAAGCGGCAAAAGCUGGAAAGUAA